UGCCCGUAAAACUCAAAAUUGUACACCGCAAAAGUGUGAGAGUGAGGGAAUCCAGUAAAACCCAAAAAUGUCAGUUUGCCGAGAAAACGCCAAUAUCCGAGACAACCACCGGCGGUUGCUGGCCGAGAAAUUCGAGCUCCGGCGGAACCUGUACAAGGCGCUGUGCAAAGAGACGAGCCUCCCCGACGAGUUGCGCGAGGAGAACCGGUACAAGCUCUCCAAGCUUCCGCGAAACAGCUCCUUCACCCGAAUCAGGAACCGCUGCAUCUUCUCCGGCCGAGGCCGCGCCGUCUACGAGACCUUCCGUAUGUCUCGUAUCGUCUUCCGCGCUCUCGCCUCCAAGGGCAUGCUCAACGGCGUCAAGAAAGCGUCAUGGUAGUCCGUCCUCCCAAAACGGUUCUGGCUGCGGAAGUUAGCAAAAGACAAUUGUUGCUGUGCUAUCUUUUGUAGUUCUUGAGAAGUUUGGUUCUGUUUUCCAGACGUGGUGGUGGAUUUGUGUUGACUGCUAGGUCUGGCAAUUUAGCUUAGUUUCUGUUCGGGGUAUGUCUCGCGGUCCAUUUUACUUAAUAAAUAAUUUUCCUGUUCAUUUGCUGAAAGAUAGGAGUAAUUCCAAUUGUACAAUUCAUAGUUAGUGAAUCAUUAAGGGUUGUUUUGAUCCAUAUGUUUUGAAUCCUUUUUUCAUUUAAGGCCUGUCAAUCAUCUUUUGCUUCACAUCCUUAUGUGAUGGGCUUAAUUAUAUACAUCUUAAGUAUCUGUUUUUUCCUUUAA